GAGUAAAAAACAAACGUCUUUGGAAAGUUUCUUUGCGAAGUGGAAAAGGCCCAGUGAGGAGACAGAAGAAGAGCCUACGACUUCCAAGAAAAAGAAAGCUGCAUUUAACAGACAAUACCAGGAGUCCUACUUAAAAUAUGGAUUUAUCGCGACAGGUGAUUCCCGCGCACCAAGCCCGCUCUGCAUAAUAUGUGGCAAUGAAGCCUUCAAAACUGCUUCGCCACUUGGAGACCAAGCACCCUGCAUUAAAAGACAUGCCUUCGGAGUAUUUUGAGCAGCUUUGUGAGGAGAUGAACGCGGAGCACGGACACCUUUUCUUAUACACAGAAAUAAGAUGGUUAUCCCGAGGGCGAUCGCUGGCCAGAGUGUUUGAAUUACGAGAGCCGCUGACGAGAUUUCUCUCAAAAAAAAGUCACCGCUGGCAGCACAUUUCAGUGACGAGGAAUGGGUCGCAAAACUCGCUUACUUGUGCGCCAUAUUCAACCUGCUCAAUGAACUCAAUCGGUCACUUCAGGGGAAAAUGACAACUGUCUUCAAGUUGGCAGAUAAAGUAGCUGCAUUUAAAGCCAAACUGGAUUUGUGGGGACGGCGCGUGAACAGAGGUAUAUUUGACAUGUUUCAAACAUUCGCGGGGAUUUUGGAAGAGACUGAGCCCGAGCCUUCAUUGUCCUAGCUGGUGCACGUUCACCUGUCUUUGCUUUUAAAAGAGUUUGAGCGCUACUUCCCAACCCUGUCUUUGCUUUUAAAAGAGUUUGAGCGCUACUUCCCAACCACAAAAGACCCACGAACUGCCAAGGAAUGGAUCCGCGACCCAUUUGUCAACAAACAAGGUGAAUCCAGCAUGUCUAUGCAAGAAGAUCAACUGCUGGAGAUCGCAAAUGACGGCGGCCUUAAAAGUAUGUUCGAGACAACAACUCUGCCGGUGUUCUGGAUUAAAGUCACGGCAGAAUACCCUGAGAUCGCCACAACAGCACUGAAAACCCUGUUGGCAUUUCCGACAUCCUAUUUGUGUGAAGCGGGAUUUUCUGCAGUGACAGCAACCAAAACAAAAUGACGGAGUAGACUGGACAUAAGCAACACACUUCGGGUGUCAUUGUCUCCCAUUACCCCUAGAUGGGACCGUCUCGUUGCAGAGAAACAAGCUCAGGGCUCCCACUGAUUUAGCGUUAUGGGGCUGGCAUUGAGGAAGAGUACCCUGCUGCCCGUGGAUCGAAUACUCCCGCACGAACGCACUACCCGGAUCAGCCUGCUCAGACUCAUAGCUCCUCAGUGGGGCAAUUCACUUUGUCUAGUUCACUGGAGAGAGAGGAGGAAGCUGACUUAAUGGGUCCCGUCUGACACACUAUAGCACCAUCACCAGACACUACAGGAUUUGCCUCCCUGAGAAGAGCAGCAGAUCCAAUGUCCUUGUAAUGACGUGGCUUAGGUUUGACCUCGGAGAUGCCGAAGAGACGAGACAUUCUGGCCAUCGUGUUGAUCGUGUUGCCUUGGACGCUACUCAUCACUGUUUGGCAUCAGAGUGCCAUCAACCCCUUGCUAGAUGCUCGAAAGGAUGACAGACAUGAGAGUCUGUCAUCCUUCACCCUCAAGAAGCCCUGCUCCUCUGAGAACAACAAGGACAUUGUGGAGGUGGUACACACCGAAUAUGUCUACAGCCGCCCGCCGCCCUGGUCUGAUGUCCUCCCCACCCUCCACGUUGUCACCCCAACCUACAGCCGGCCGGUCCAGAAGGCAGAGCUGACACGUUUGGCCAACACCUUCCUCCACGUGCCUAACCUGCACUGGAUCCUGGUGGAGGACUCCCAGCGACGAACCCCGCUGGUCACCAGGCUUCUCCGGGAAACAAGCCUGAACUACACUCACCUCAACGUGGAGACACCCAGGAACUAUAAGCUGCGUGGGGACACGAGGGACCCCAGGAUACCCCGGGGAACCAUGCAGAGGAACCUGGCCCUGCGCUGGCUCCGAGAGACCUUCAGCUCCAACAUUAGACACAGCCAGCCAGGUAUCGUCUACUUUGCAGAUGAUGACAACACCUACAGUCUGGAGCUGUUUGAGGAGAUGCGUUCAACGAGGAAGGUGUCGGUGUGGCCUGUAGCCUUUGUGGGCGGCCUGCGCUACGAGUCCCCUAAGGUCAACACCCUGGGCAAGGUGUAUGGAUGGAAGACUGUGUUUGACCCCCACCGACCCUUUGCCAUAGACAUGGCUGGGUUUGCGGUGAACCUCCGCCUCAUUCUCUUUAAACCUCAGGCCUACUUCAAGCUGCGGGGAGUCAAGGGAGGAUACCAGGAGAGCAGCUUACUGCGGGAGCUGGUCACCCUCAAUGACCUGGAGCCCAAGGCUGCUAAUUGCACUAAGGUACUUGUAUGGCACACUAGGACAGAGAAGCCUGUUCUGGUGAAUGAGGGAAAGAAAGGAUUUACCGACUCCAACGUGGAGAUAUGAAACUUCUUCCAACACAGGUAAUAAGAAAGCUUUAAAGUGACUGGGAUUAUGUAGAAUUAAACAUUUCUGUACCUUUCCCAAAGUUCCCAGGUUUUUCAAACGGAAUUUUGCAACCUUAUGUCUGAGGGCCAACCUGUCUAUCUGAGCCUCUGUGAGCUUAUUAUUAUUAUUAUAUUAAAGCAUUUAAUAUUAUUUUAUUAUUCAUAGAGUAAAGCUUUGCCGAAUCUGUCUGAAUUUGUAUAACAGGGAUAUUAUGAUUUCAUAAAAUAAAAACUUGACAGGUGAUCCAUACUAAAAAGCUAUUUUUAUGGUUUAAUGUCUAUGAACCCCCUUUCAAAACCAUUUGCCUAAACAAUUCUCUCCAUGUUUGGUAUUAAUGAGAAUGUAACAAUGAAAUAAUUUCUUAAUUAUGUAUUUUCUUUAUCUCCUAAGCCCAUACACUUUAUACCAUUGAGUUGUUACAGGGAAUAAAUAUGACUGACUGUCAUUCCAAACGGACUGACAAAAGACAAGAUCCAGGCAGGCAGGAUUGGAGUUUAAUAUGUAUUUACAGUAAUAGUACUGUAAAGGGAGUCAGACAGCCACCUUGUCUACUACAAGCAGCACAUAGCCACGUAUCAAUACAGGCGUAGAAUAUCAAAGCAUAGCUUCAAAGAUGAUGAUACUGUAUCUAGCUAAGCGUUUUACUGAUGCAUCGAUGGAAGCUGUACACGAGGAGCUAGCCAGUCGCCAGAGUGCAGCUUAAGACAAAAGACUGUCGGUGGUUCAGACUACUGUCGGUGGUUCAUUACAGUGGCCAAUAAGAAGCAUUCUCAACCCAGCCGACACAAACCAACUGUCCGAUCAACAUCCUCAAAACUAGGUACUGGACCAAACCGGACCAAUCAGGGGACCUGAAUGGCCCUUGUUUGCUGGUGAUUGGGCUCCCUUUGUUGUGGAGCGGACUGUUCUUGUGGUGUGGAGCAGAGCUGGAUAAAGGGGUCCUUGUCUGACUCGAGUCAGCAUUGACUGACACAGACUGAUCUGGAGAGGACAUGAACCCUUCCCACGUUCCACUGUAAAACACUGAGCUAUUCAGACAGCUCCACUCCCUCAAAUCACUAAUUAGGACACGUCUCACACACACAAACACGUCUCAUACACAUACACAGAUAGGCGUGCACAGUGUACACACAUACAAAUGCAUGUGCACAGACACACACAUACACACACACACACAGACAUGCACACACAUAUACGAGCGGGUGCGCAUGCGUGACGCACAUGCACACAGACUUUUGGUUGUUUGUUUUUUGUCCAUUUGCACAUGUUUUACUGAUCACAUAACACUACUGAUUGCAUCAGCACUUUAAGAUCAGGCUCUGCUGCCUAUGUUAAUUUUGGUGUGAAAUGCUGUUUCACCUCCAACAGAAAAUAGGUGAGGACGUUGCCAAUGAAAUCGUUUUAUAAAAAAUAAAAAAAUGUUACAACGCUAGUCAAUGCGAUAUUAUUAUUUCACAACACAUACUACAGUUAGAGGAUACGUGCCAGUAAUAGUCUUCCCUUGAUACAGUAUGUCAUUUUCUGCCCAGUCUGGACCGGUCUGGACCCCAAACGCCACUUAUGGACUUAUUUAUCACUUAUUUGAUUUGAUAUUCAAAGGUAAACAGAAGGAAUACUUCUGCAUUGUAAACUGCCACUGUAAUAUUCAUAUGUAAAUACGAUCAUAAAAAUGCACUUAGUAUGUCA